UCGACCCCAACACGUUUCUCUCUCCAAAUCUCAUCUUCCCAUUUCAGAUCUUCAAAGAUUAUCAAAACCCUAAAAAAUUUCAUUCUUAUCUUCCUUUCCAUUCUUCGGUCUCAAUUGCUCCAACGCAUUACCCCAAAACUCCCUUAAAGAUGGCUAUGGCUUAUCUCGGAUCAAAGAAAGCCAACGCCGCCGCACUAAUGUCGUCGCCGUCCCCUUCACCCCACCAACGCAUCUUAACCCAAGACGAACUCAAAAAAAUCGCCGCCUACAAGGCCGUCGAGUUUGUCGAAUCCGGCAUGGUUCUCGGCCUCGGAACCGGCUCCACCGCCAAACACGCUAUUGACCGUAUCGGAGAGCUUCUCCAGCAAGGAAAACUAAGCAACAUCGUCGGAAUACCCACUUCGACGAUGACUCAUGAGCAAGCUUUGUCUCUGGGCAUACCUCUGUCGGACCUUGAUAACCACCCUGUUCUCGAUUUGGCCAUUGAUGGAGCAGAUGAGGUUGACCCAGAUAUGAAUUUGGUCAAAGGCCGAGGCGGAUCGUUGCUUCGUGAGAAAAUGAUCGAAGGUUGUUGCAAGAAAUUCGUCGUGAUUGUCGAUGAAUCCAAACUGGUGGACUAUGUCGGAGGAAGUGGGUUAGCCAUGCCGGUUGAAAUCGUUCCUUUUUGCUGGAAAUUCACAGCGCAGAAGCUUCAAUCGUUGUUUGAAGAAGCUGGUUGUGUUGCAAAGCUUCGUACUUCGCCGGAAAAUGGUAAGCCAUUUGUGACUGAUAAUGGGAAUUUCAUUAUCGAUUUGUAUUUCAAGAAAGACAUUGGGGAUUUGAAGGCUGCCGGCGAUGCAAUUUUAAGACUGGCCGGAGUGGUAGAACAUGGAAUGUUUCUUGACAUGGCGACUACUUUGAUAGUCGCCGGAGAACUAGGAGUUACCGUGAGGCAUAAAUGUUAGUUCUAUGGCAAUGGCUACCGGAGAUUUUGGUUUCUAGCUAACAUUAUUAGGAAAUGAAAUUAGGAAUUAUGUUUCUCCGAUGAAAUUUUAUUCAAUUUUUAUGCGUUUAUUUGACGAACUAUUGAGGAGGA